GACGUCGUGCUGCUGGUGCUGCUGGUGGAUGUAGUAGUGGAUGAUGUUGAGGUCGAGGAUGUCGAACUCGAUGAUGUGGUGCUCGAGGAUGUAGAUGUGGACGACGAGGUCGAUGAUGUGGUGCUGCUGGUGCUGCUGGUGGAUGUGGAAGAUGUUGACGUUGAAGUUGAGGAUGUCGAACUCGAUGAUGUAGUGCUCGAGGACGUCGAUGUUGAAGAUGAUGUGCUUGACGAGGUUGAAGUUGUGGAAGAGGUUGUGGUGGAAGAAGAAGUGGAGGUGGUAGAUGAUGAUGACGUAGACGACGAUGAGCUCGUGCUAGUGGUCGAGCUGCUGCUGGACGAUGUAGAUGACGAGCUUGUGCUGGAAGACGUCGAAGUCGUGGUAGAGCUCGACGACGUACUUGUUGAGGUCGAUGUGCUCGACGAUGUACUGGUGCUAGUUGUUGAACUGCUAGACGUACUAGUGCUGGACGUGCUGGUUGAAGAGGUCGUUGUGCUCGUGCUGGUUGUAGUAGACGAAGAUGUGGAGGAAGUUGUUGAAGAGGAUGUGCUGCUCGACGUGGACGAUGUCGUGCUGCUGCUUGUGGACGACGACGUUGUGGAAGAGCUGCUUGUAGAAGUUGACGUCGACGAGGUCGAGCUAGUUGUGGUCGAUGUUGUCGAUGUAGACGUGGUGCUGGAGGAAGUUGUCGUGCUGCUGGAUGAAGAAGUCGAAGAAGAAGAUGUGCUUGUCGAGGAUGUACUGGAACUCGUUGAAGAUGUUGAAGAGGUGGAUGUGGUUGAAGAUGUGGACGAUGUUGAAGACGUGCUUGAUGUUGUGCUGGAA